AUGGCUUAUCUUAAUUUGGCAUCAGCUGCCAAUUCAACAACACCAUCAACAUCACCAUUUUCACAUGUUAAUAGUAAUGGAGGAGUAUCAACAAUACCACCAUCACUAGCAUCUAGUUCUCAAUCACUAUUUGGUUCCGUUGGUGGUGGGAAACAAUGGACAACAAUAGGACAACCAACAUCAUCAUCAUCAUCAUCAUCAUUAACACAACAAUUAUUACUGAAACAACAACAACAAAAUAUUCUUAAUAAUCAACAAACAAAUUCUUUAAGUUCAUCAUCAUCAUCAUCACAUUUUGAUAGUAUACUUGGAUUAACUAUGGCAUCAGCAUUAGCAUCAUCUUCUCAAACACAAAUUGAAAAAAAUUUUGAAUUACAACAAGAAGAUUUUCCUCCAUUACCACAUCGAAAUAAUUCUCAUGAAUCAACAUCAUCAUCUACGAAUGUACAACCACUUUAUCAAAGUCAAUAUUCAUCAUCAUCAUCGUCAUCAAAUCUUCAUCAACCAAUAACCAAUGGAUAUAGUUCAUCUCAACAACAACAACAACAACAUUCUCAAUCACAAUCACCAAUAUCAUUUAAAACAUCUAUGGAUGCUUUAAGUACAUUAAUAAAUCGACGUCAAACAUCAGUUAAUAAUAAAGCAACAUCAUUAACAAAUAAUUCAGCAUCAUCAUCAUCAACAACAAAUCCGCAACAAAUAUCGAAUACAUCAACAACAACUAAUACAAAUGGUCUACCAUCAUCAACAAUUACAGAUCAAUAUGGUCUUGUUGGUCUUCUACAAAUGAUACAACAAGCAGAAAAAAAUCCUGAAACAUCAACAUUACUAAAUUAUGAUCUGACGACACUCGGACUUAGUAUGUAUUUUCUUUAUAAAUUUUAA